GGCUGCUGCAUUCAGACAUGUUAGCCCUAAUCACUAAUGUUUACCAGGUAGCUUGUCGCUAAUAGCGCCUGUAACCCUCUCACGCGCUCGCUCGCGCAGAGUGACGACAGCGCCGUUGCUGUUGUUGUUGCUGUUGUUGUUGUUACUCGACGCGAUGAAUGCGCGCGCGCGCCGCACCGCACCGCACCGCGCUCCACGCACGCGUAACCAGAGGACGUGAAGAGCAGCCGCUGUGUGCUGACAGACCUGCGCGUGAUUCAGUAAAAAAAAAAGGCCUACAGGGAUUCGUUAAGAGCAACCCGAGGAAUAGGAAACGACAACAGAGACGCCUUCUCAGGUAGCACCAGCAUUCCCUCAGCUCAAACACAGCUGAAGCACGCGCUUUUGUUCAGCAGGGCAGCGCAGAACCGGGUUAAACCGGGAGGAGAAGAAGGCUCGUGCGUGGGAUGCAUGCAUCUGUACAAGCUACUUUCUCUUUCACGGAGUGUGAAGACGCAGCAGCACCUACACACUGCAUUUCACUGUAAUGCAUCAGGACAUGCUGAGGCAGUAAACCAGUAAAUAAGUUAAAAAAACAAAAAACAAAAACCAAGGCCAUACAAGUACAGCUGAAGAUGGAACUCUACUGAGAAGAUAUUCUAGUUUCGCUCCAGCAAACAACAAUGGAGAUCACCUACUCCACCGACACCACCUCCGGAAUACUUCAGCUCUCAUCGAGUCAAUGAGGCAACUCCAGCUGUCGUAACACACACCUAUCCCUCCCAGAGACGCAGCCUAGAGUGACAUCAUUCCGUUCUUGCCAUGUUUCUGGCUGGGUUUAGGACAAUGGAUCUUGCUUGGGUUGUGCUUUCCAUGCUAACAACAUGCACAGCUAUCAACGUGCAGUCAGCAGGCAGCCACAGCACCUUCACGUGUGAGCCGAUCACACUGCGGAUGUGCCAGGGUCUCUCCUACAACACCACCUUCAUGCCCAACCUGCUCAAUCACUACGAUCAGCAAACCGCAGCCCUCGCCAUGGAGCCCUUCCACCCCAUGGUGAACCUGGAGUGCUCGGCUGAUAUGCGUCCAUUCCUUUGUGCCCUCUACGCACCCGUGUGCACGGAGUACGGCCGUGUAACCCUGCCGUGUCGCCAUCUGUGCCAGCGGGCCAAGAGAGACUGCUACAAGCUGAUGGACAUCUUUGGAUUAAGCUGGCCUGAAGAGAUGGCCUGUAACCGGUUUCCUGAAUGUGACGAGCCGUAUCCACGAGCCGAGGACCUCCUCUCAGGUGCUGACUCCACAGAGGAAUCUCCCGUGUCUGUACAACGUGACUACGGCUUCUGGUGCCCGCGCGAGCUGAAGGUCGACCCCGAGCUGGGCUACAGGUUCCUAGGUGUUCGUGACUGCUCGCCCCCAUGCCCAAAUAUGUACUUCAGCAGGGAGGAGCUUGUCUUUGCUCGCUACUUCAUCGCUGUGGUGUCUAUCAUCUGCCUGUCAGCCACGCUUUUCACCUUCCUUACCUUUCUCAUCGACAUGGGUCGUUUCCGCUACCCCGAGCGGCCCAUCGUCUUCUACUCCGUGUGCUACAUGAUGGUAUCGUUGGUCUUCUUCCUGGGCUUCCUGCUGGAGGAGCGCGUGGCAUGCAACAAGGUGGCACCGGGACAUUUCCGUGCUGCCACUGUCACACAGGGCUCGCAUAACAAAGCAUGCACGCUGCUCUUUAUGACCCUCUACUUCUUUACCAUGGCGGGCAGCGCGUGGUGGGUCGUGCUCACUGUCACAUGGUUCCUGGCUGCUGUACCGAAGUGGGGCAGCGAGGCGAUCGAGAAGAAAGCGCUGCUCUUCCACGCAGUAGCCUGGGGACUGCCUGGCGUUCUCACCGUCACGCUCAUGGCGAUGAACAGGGUGGAGGGUGACGGUGUGAGUGGUGUGUGCUUCGUGGGUCUUUACGAUCUCACCGCUUUGCGCUGGUUCCUCCUGGCCCCACUAGCUCUAGCCGUGACUGCUGGAGUUGUGCUGCUGUUGGCUGGCAUUGUGGCACUGAACCGUGUCCGCAUGGAGAUCCCGCUGGACAAGGAGAAUCAAGACAAGCUGGUGAAGUUCAUGAUCCGCAUAGGCGUGUUUUCCGUGCUGUACCUGGUGCCGCUGCUGACCGUGAUUUGCUGCUUCAUGUACGAACAGAGCUACAGGCCAGUGUGGGAGAUAACAUGGGUGCAGGAGCAGUGCAGGAACUACCACAUCCCCUGCCCGUUCAAGGUGGAGCAGAUGAGCAGGCCAAAUGUUGCCCUGUUCCUCAUUAAGUACUUGAUGAUGCUGGUGGUGGGCAUCCCCUCUGUCUUUUGGGUGGGCAGUAAGAAGACCUGCUUUGAGUGGGCCAGCUUCUUUCACGGCCAUCACAAAAAAGACAGUGUGGUGCACGACAGUAGACAGGUGCUGCAGGAGCCUGACUUUACUCAGCUGCUGCUGCGCGAGCCUGGAGUUACCGUGGUGCGCCAUUCCCGUGGCACCUCCACACAGGGCACCUCCACGCAUGCCUCCUCCACCCACCUGGCCAUGCUGGAUGAGGCACACAGCGGUAGCAGCCGUCCGAGCAGUGUGCACAGCAAAGCCAGCAGUUUCCACAGCAGCCGGCGCCAGUCUCACGAUGGCAGGUACACGGCCUGUAGCGUCCGUGGUGCAGAGGAGCUCCGCCUCCCCCACGUCAGUGUAUCCCGCCUCCACGAGCAGCUUCAGCAAAGCAGCACAGUUCGACUGGAGAGCCAAUCACGACACGGCGGAUCACAGCGCCUAGACAGCCAGUCACGACACGCCAGCACCCGGGACCUCAGCAGCGCGCAGCUGGCGGCCCAAAGCGGCCCUGUUAACGGUAUCCACUCUGUCACGGAGGAAGGUGGAGCCACCCCUUGAACUUUACAAACACCAAGUUUGUAAAUGAAGCACAUGGUGGAUGUCAAACAGAACUGCAAGCCCUGAUACACCAUUAGCUGCAGACGCAGCAGGAACUUUAGGAAAGCUCUCUGAUCAAAGAGUUCAGUAUCAACAGGGUAAACACUAAGGGCUUUUGCUAUAUUAUCUUUUUAAUACUCUAUUGAAGCACUUGCUGCUUUAUGUUCAGGCUUAGACUUUUGUGUACAUUUUGUGUAUGUUUUUAAGAACCUUUUUAACCUUUAUAGAGGGAAACAGGUUUAUGUUCCACUGUUCCUCUAUUGCACUUUGUGUAGACUUUCUUGGAUUAGACUUACACACACAAUACGUCUUCCUCCUGAAGUUCCACACGAUUUCUCACAUAACUAAGUACAACAGAAGUGAGUGAUGACUGAAUGUUUUAUUGGUGAUAAACAUUUGGCAUGUAAAGAGCAGUAUUACAGAACAAACAGACUGAAACUCAAUUACUUGCUGCAAAUGUAGAAUCAUUUCAUGUAGAAUAAUUUAGAAUAAAUUGACGAGUAAACUGUUAUGUCUCACUUUAUAGGUAUCGGAUAGGAGUACAGUUUGGUCUUGAAAAUGAAUUCUUCUCAUUUACAGUCUCUCACUAACUUGAAGUAGAUCUCAGUUGUGUACAAUUUUAUAAACUCUGAAAUUUGACCUAUUUUGAACAGGUCCAGUGUUAUUUCUCAGCCAAAUGAAAAAAAAUCCCCAGUGUCACAUCAUCAUCUGUUUAUAGAAAUACAUCAAUUCAGUCCAUAGAUUUGGUUGAUCUUCUGCUUGAUAUCUGUGCAAAAAAAAUUGCCAGCAGUGAGCUCUCGUCAGGAAAAUACCUUCAACCUUCCAAAAGUGUGACAAAACCUAAUACAGCCCUGUAACAGAACCAGGAAAUGAGUACAUCUAGCAUGCAAAACUGUACAAAUUAUUACAAAACAAAACAAAAAAGUGAUAGAUAUAUAUAUAAUAGCAAAGAGAGCUGAUGUGGACUACUGCAGAAAUGUCACUAAUUGUGCAACAGCUGCCUUAUGCCUUCCUUCACGUGCUUAUACGAGCUACAGCUGAAACAAUAUUGCAAAUCCUGAGUUGUGAGCUGGCCAAUGAGAGCAGGAAUCUAAAUUUGCACUGGAGAGGGGCGCCAAUUAUUCAGCAACACAGUAUAACCGAACUCUACUGACCAAGUGAAACUUGCACUGAAAAAAGAGUCAGAAAUGGUUUCCAGGAAAGAAAGCAUGGCGAUCUUUUAGCAAUAUUUUUGCACAUAAUCACAUCAGAUCACAGAGGAAAAGCUUGUGUCCAACUCUUAAAGCUUUUAGUGGGGAACUUAACAAUGGUCUAUAGACCACUUCAUUGAGUUUAUCAUGUAAUAUAAUCUCAAAAGAUUAAUUAAUGAUGACAAAGUUUUGCAGCUAGCCUUCAUAAUCAAGUGGAACCUGUUCACAAUAUUUCCAGUAAAUAUACAAUUAAAUAUCACGAUCAAAACACAUUUCUUUUAUCUUUCUUAAGUUGGGAAUGUUAAAAUGUGGGCGAAAAUAUGUUUCAACCAAUAAAUUAUAUGUAUAACCUUGUUUGGGUCUCUUAUAAUAGAGGGGGGAAAAAACCCAGCACAGAUGCUUCAAUUCUACUCAUGGAAAAUUAAAAUAAAAAUUUUGUUAGCGACACACUGAUCGAUUUUUCACAAGAUAUAAAAUAAUGUUGUAGUUUUCAGGAAUCAGAUAAAAAAAAUAUUCAAAUUAAAUAAUGUUGGUAAAAUGCAGCUAAAGAAAUAAACUGAUGGUUUCUUUGUUUGUUU